CUUCCUCUCUUCUUCACUUCCCAAUACAAAAAUAUCUCUUUUUCUUUACCAAAUAACCCCGCGAUUUCCUUUCUUUCCUGCCCCCAAUCUAAAUCCAUGGACCCUGUUUUCUCCAUCUCCAUAGACCCAACUCCUACCUUCCCUCCUCCUACCUUCUUCCCCGUCAUCCCUACCACCACCACCGCCUAUGCCGUCAACCCUGCCCCAACGGCCUAUCCUAUCAACCCCACCCCAACUGCCUAUGUCGCCAAUCCCACCCCAACCAUCCCUCCCACCUUCAACCACCCUUCGUAUUCAGAGAUGAUAUUUGAGGCGAUUGGGGCUUUGAAGGAGAGAGAUGGGUCGAGCAGGAGGGCCAUAGCAAAGUACAUAGAUGGAGCCUACAAGAACCUGCCGCCGACGCACUCUGCCUUGCUGACACACCACUUGAAGCGAUUGAAAAACCAUGGUCAACUAGUUAUGGUCAAGAAAUCUUACAAGCUUUCUAGAUCUGAAAAUAAUCUUACGGAUGCUUCUGCUCCUGAUGCGGUCCUUGCACCUGCUCCUGCUGCAGCUCUUGCUGGGGCUAAGAGAGGUCGUGGCAGGCCUCCCAAACCCAAUCCCACGCUGACUCUAGCUGUCGAGCCCAUUUCUCAGGCCGGUGUGGUCGGUUCCGGGCUUGCUGGUGCUGAUGGGAGUAAUGUUCAACUUCAGUCUGCACCUGCUGUGGUUAAGAGGACUCCGGGUCGUCCGAGGAAAAAUGGGUCUGUCGCCGAAGGUGGGUUUAAUAAGGGUCUGGGUCGCCCACCUAAAGGUGCCGCGAAGAAGAAAGCUGGUCGUCCGAGAAAGGCUACGGCUAUGGGGGUAAGCACUGCGGUGUCAGCGAAUGGGGUGAAGAAGGGCCCUGGACGCCCGGCCAAGGCCAAGGCUCAGUCGUCAGUGGAACUUCAGGCCCAGCCCAUUGUUGUUCCUUAUGCUAAUGAUGCCUCUGGAGCUGUCGACGUUCCUGACAUGCCUAGGCCUAGAGGAAGGCCGCCCAAGGCUGCAGUUUUGUCUGCUUCUGUGGGAGGAGCAGUUACCGGGAAGCGGAGAGGUCGGCCACCAAAGGUUGCGGGUGUCAGUAAGCCCAUGAAGCCUAAAAAGUCUACGGGCAGGCCUGUGGGACGCCCAAAGAAGACAAUUGAAGGACCUGCACAACAGGCAGCAUUAGCAGUGGCGUAUGGAGAUCUUCAGAGGAAGCUUGAAUUUUUUCAAUCAAAAGUCAAGCAAGCAGUUGGAGUGCUAAAGCCUCAGUUCACCAGCGAAAGCAAUAUCAGCACAGUGGGUGCAAUCCAAGAGUUAGAAGGGCUUGCAGCAAUGGACAUUAGUGUAUCCUUUAGGGAGGAAGCUCAGCCACAUUCAUUGCAAAGUUAAGGACAACUGCACAAGUGCAUCAUAUCUGCCCAUUUAUGUUUGAUUAGCGGUAUCAUUUUAAGAAUCAAUUAGUGUAGAAAUGUUCUGACCUAGAAAAAGAGAAUUUUCUGUAAAGGUAGUAGGAGGUUGCUCGUUUAAUUAAUUGCAAUUGUUGAUUGAAGCAUGUAAUUUCUGUAACCUACCGUGACUAUUGCCUGUACCAAUUUCAAAAUUUCAACCCAAUUUGACAACAAUUUAAUCAGCCAUUGACAUACAUGGACAUCCCAAGAGCAUAUUGUAUUGUUUGACUCUAAUUGGAGUGCAACGCGUUACAUUCUCACU